UUGGAACCGGUACUAAAAGCUACUACCCUACCGGAGCUACAGAUCAUUAGAAGUGAAUAUUUUAAGCACCCGGUUUAAAAGUUUCCUGACAACCAUCGAAAGCAAAAUUCCCUGACUCACAGUGACGUCCAUUUGGUUGUAUCAGUCCUGUCAGGCGUAACGAGGUUGUCAGUGUCAGACCAGCAGCAAACUCUGGACGGAUCCAGCUGAUUCGAAUUUAUCCUUUUUACAAUCAAAAUGCAAGCUAACCUUUGGAAUAUAGUCGGCGCAUCGAUCAGACCGACGAUCAAGAAGCAGGCGAAAAUUACCGUAUUAUCCGGCAUCCAGCAAAAUCGUAACUAUUCCACCACUCAUGAAGCAGAUAUUGUUGUCAUUGGUUCAGGACCUGGAGGAUAUGUUGCCUCUAUUAAGGCAGCCCAGCUGGGUUUCAAGACAGUUUGCAUUGAGAAAGAUCCCACACUAGGAGGAACAUGCCUGAAUGUGGGAUGCAUCCCCUCAAAAUCACUGCUGAACAACUCUCACUAUUACCAUCUGGCGCACUCCGGUGACUUUGCAAGUCGCGGUGUUAUGGUUGAUAAUGUGCGCAUGGACUUAGAAAAGUUCAUGGCUGCCAAAUCGGGAGCGGUCAAAUCGCUCACGGGAGGCAUCGCCAUGCUUUUCAAGAAAAACAAAGUCACCUUGGUUAAAGGACAUGGCAAAAUUACCGGAGCGAACCAGGUUACCGCGAUUAAACCUGAUGGUUCUACCGAAAUUGUUAACACGAAAAAUAUUUUGAUCGCAACUGGAUCCGAAGUAACACCAUUCCCGGGCAUUGAAAUUGACGAAGAUACAAUCGUGUCCUCAACCGGUGCCCUUUCAUUGAAAGCAAUCCCUAAGAAAAUGAUUGUUAUUGGCGCUGGUGUCAUUGGUCUUGAAUUGGGCUCUGUAUGGUCUCGUUUGGGCGCGGAAGUAACCGCAGUGGAGUUUAUGGACUCAAUCGGAGGAGUGGGCAUUGACGGUGAGGUCAGCAAAACCUUCCAGAAGGUACUAACCAAGCAGGGAAUGUUAUUCAAAUUGGGUACCAAAGUGGUCGGAGCACAAAAGACCGGUGGAGGUAUUAAAGUCGCCGUAGAAGAUGUGAAAAAUCCCGACAAGAAAGAAGAAUUAGACGCUGAUGUUAUCCUGGUUUCCAUUGGCCGAAGACCUUACACCCAUAAUCUUGGUUUGGAAGAAAUGGGAAUUGAACGUGACAAUCGCGGAAGGGUUCCAGUCAAUUCUAUGUUCCAAACUGUCGUUCCCAAUAUUUACGCUAUUGGUGAUUGUAUUCAUGGUCCUAUGUUAGCCCACAAGGCAGAGGAUGAAGGUAUUAUUUGCGUGGAAGGUAUGAAGGGUGGUCCAGUUCAUAUUGAUUACAACUGCGUACCUUCGGUGAUCUACACGCAUCCGGAAGUUGCCUGGGUAGGCAAGUCCGAAGAAGACCUCAAGAGUGAAGGAGUGGAAUACAAAGUGGGCAAAUUCCCAUUCAUGGCUAACUCUCGAGCGAAGACCAAUAACGAAACCGAUGGCUUUGUGAAAGUUUUAUCGGAUAAGAACACAGACAGGAUUUUGGGCACACAUAUGAUUGGACCCACUGUAGGAGAACUGAUCAACGAGGCGGUACUCGCGCAAGAAUACGGAGCAUCCGCGGAAGAUGUUGCGAGGGUAUGUCACGCGCAUCCAACUUGCGCCGAAGCCCUCAGAGAAGCCAAUCUUGCUGCCUACUUUGGCAAACCGAUUAAUUUCUAAAUUUGAAAUUAUAAAAUAUAAAUCGUUUAAAAGUUCAAUGCUCGGAAGUCUUCAAUGAGUGCGGGGAUGAAGUUACGGUGAAAAUAAACGAAGAAAUUAUGGAUAUGAUUCAUUUUUCACAUGCAUGCAUACACAUAAGUCUCUUCUCUGUUUCUUAGUAUGUAUUAAAUUUGAAAGUCGCCGCCAGCAAUACCGUUUACGGGGUUUUAUUUCUUUUGGUAUGGUUUAAGACCUCUAAGGUCGUAGUACCAUGCCUGUUUCUGUGCCCACGUGUAUUUUAUUUUUUCAUGUACAUAUAUAAUUUCUAUGUUGGUUAUGUGUGUAAAACUUAUGAAAAUAAAUUUACUUCUUAGGAGA